GCCUUAGAUGGUGCAGCUCGUAUGUUUUCUGAGGCAUAUGACACCGGUUUACAUCCGCAGGAAUUUGUAAAUAAUACACGUAAAAAGGGAGAACUGAUCAUGGGUAUUGGCCAUCGCGUAAAGUCUAUCAACAAUCCAGAUAUGCGUGUGAAACUUAUCAAGGAAUUCGUCUUGGAGAAUUUUCCGGCAAAACCUUUAGUCGAAUAUGCUCUAGAAGUGGAAAAAAUAACAACCAGCAAAAAGCCUAAUUUAAUUCUUAAUGUGGAUGGUAUUAUUGCUUGCUCUUUUGUCGAUAUGCUGCGAAACAGUGGCAGUUUUACAAGAGAAGAGGCGCAAGAAUAUAUUGAAAUAGGUGCCAUAAAUAGCUUAUUUGUCCUUGGUCGAAGUAUAGGAUUUAUUGGUCAUUACAUGGAUCAAAAAAGAUUAAAGCAAGGUCUUUACCGCCAUCCUUGGGAUGAUAUUUCUUACGUACUACCUGAGCAAUAUAAUUGAAUCAUUAAAUAAUGCAUAAUGAUAUAAUAUGUAAUGCUUAAUGUCUUAUAAUUAAUCGCUUAGUUCAAAGAUCGUC